GUUCUGGAUCGCCCAGAUGCACUACCGAACCUACAUCGUAUUUUAUUGGAUGGUGAUCCGAAAACAAAACGUGAAGUGGCCUGGGCUUUGUCAAAUAUAGCUGCUGGCAAUAGUAAACAAAUACAAGCUAUUUUUGAUGCCGGAAUAGUCCCAAGCUUGAUGAAUAUACUUUCCAACGAAACAUUUCGAACUCGCACAGAAGUAUGCUGGGUUAUCGCCAAUCUGAUUGCUGGCGGCAACGAGCAGCAUAUAUCGGAGAUUGUAAAGCUUGGUGUGUUGCUUGCUUUCAGCGACAUGCUAACUGUGAUGGAUUCGGGUUUGGUUCUGGUUAUACUGAAAGCACUUGAAUGCAUUCUGAUGGCGGGUGAAAGUUCCAAAGCUAAAGUAAAAUCAAAAGCACCGUUGCAAGAGUUGCUUGCGGCACAUUACAAGGGUGAAGGUAAAAUCCUUAAGGCACGGGUUAUGCUUCUUGUGAAAAGCAGUGAACGUCGGACAUUCAUUUAUUAG